AUGAAUGACAAAGUUUCCAACAGCAGUAAUAGUCAUAAUAACAUCCUCUCUGUUUUUCCGGACCACAUAAAGAGCGACAUCGCUAACUUUGGCAUCGAGCACAAGCUGGCAGAUUCCGACUAUUAUGAAAAUUAUCCUACUCUUCGUGACAACUACUUAAGUGAAGAUGUUGACAGCGACUUCUCCAUCUAUACUGAUGGAUCGAAGAAUCUAACAGAUGUUGGGGCAGCUUUCAUCCUUUACCACCAUAACACCGGUGUCACCCACAGAUCUGCUUUUAAGCUGGGUCCGCACUGCAGUGUGCCGCAGGCGGAAAUCCUGGCCAUUGCCAAGGCAAUGGAUUAUAUCUAUUCUGAAUGGUUCCGUUGCAACAAAACUAUCACUAUUCACACUGAUAGUACGACGGCCCUCCAUUCCGUCUUCAGUCCCCAUAAUAAGGGUGACAAUAUCCUGUGGGUCCGGGGACACACUGGUGUACCUGGAAAUGAGGCAGCUGAUCAGCUGGCCAAACAGGCCGCUGCUUCCAGCCUUACUCCUUGCUACAACAAAAUUCCUGCUUCGAAAAUCAGGCAAUGGACUUUGGAAUUCGCUCUUGGUCAAUGGCAAGAAGAAUGGGAUAACGGAUCUACAGGCAGAUUAACGCACACCUUUAUCUUAAGCGUUAACGAAAGACUUAAAUGGAAACACUUCAAACCAACAUUCUCCAUGACCCAGUUAAUUACUGGACAUGGUAAUUUCAAUAGCUAUUUAAAAAGGUUUCAUCCUAAAAACACGGACAUCUGUCCCUGCAACAGUACUUCAAACCAAAACAGCCAGCAUUAUCUGUGGGACUGUGAACUUUUUAAACAGGAGAGGGACAGACUCAUGGGGCAUGUAUUCCAUGCUGGAAACAACUGGCCAUGCCCUAACAGCAGACUCAUGGAAGACCCGAAUAUUUAUCGACAUCUCAUCAAGUUUCUGGAAACAACAGCAGCACUCAACCCACCACGCGAUCAGCAGUCUGCUAGUAAUGAUUGA